AUGGCGGCGGGACCAAUUUCUGAAAGAAAUCAAGACGCCACGGUUUACGUUGGCGGCUUGGAUGAGAAAGUGUCCGAGCCUUUGCUAUGGGAGCUCUUUCUGCAGGCCGGUCCUGUGGUCAACACACACAUGCCAAAAGACAGGGUCACAGGGCAACAUCAAGGUUACGGCUUUGUGGAAUUCCUCAGUGAAGAGGAUGCUGACUACGCCAUCAAAAUCAUGAAUAUGAUAAAGCUGUAUGGCAAGCCAAUUAGAGUCAAUAAAGCGUCUGCACACAACAAAAACCUGGACGUUGGUGCUAACAUCUUUAUCGGAAACCUGGAUCCAGAAAUUGAUGAGAAACUGCUGUACGACACGUUUAGUGCUUUUGGCGUGAUCCUGCAGACUCCAAAGAUCAUGCGAGAUCCCGACACGGGCAACUCCAAGGGUUACGCUUUCAUCAACUUCGCCAGCUUUGACGCCUCUGACGCCGCCAUCGAGGCCAUGAACGGCCAGUACCUCUGCAACAGGCCCAUCACCGUGUCGUACGCCUUCAAGAAAGACUCCAAAGGAGAGCGCCACGGCUCGGCUGCGGAGCGACUCCUGGCUGCGCAGAACCCGCUCUCCCAGGCGGACAGGCCGCAUCAGCUGUUCGCAGAUGCUCCUCCGCCACCCUCCGCCCCCACGCCGGUCCUCACCACACUGGGAGCUGCGAUGGCGAUACCAGGCAUGCCGCCUCCUGCAGCUUUCCCUCCUGUUCCUCCACCCGGAUCAAUGCCUCCCAACAUGCCGCCGUCUAUGGCCAUGCCACCGUCAGCGGGGAACCCAGGCCCGCAGGGCGGCGGAGUGCCGCCGCCCGUACCUCCACCCUUCCCUCCCGCCAGCAUGCAUCCAGGAAUGCCUCAGAUGCCGAUGCCUCCUCCCGCUCCUCCUGGCAUGGUGCCUCCACCUCCUGCUCCACCAGGAUCAAACCAAAGGGCGCCGCCUCCCCCUGGCAUGCCCCCACCCCCGCCCAUGGGCAUGCCUCCCAGGGCCCCGUACGGCCCUCCCAUGGGACCCCCAGUGCCUCCAGGGAUGAGAGGACCCCCUCCUCCCAUGCCUCCGCCGGGCUACGGUGCCGGGCCCCCUCGCCCGCCUCCCUUUGGCUUCCAGAGAGGCCCUCCGAUGCCCCCCAGGCCUCCGGGUGCCCCCCCUCGGGUUCCUCUGAGACCACCAAUGCCCCCCUAAUCCAUGUCCAUGAGCAGACGCCGGAUCUGCUGUUUUCUUUUCUUUUUUAACACGUUUAGAUCUACUCAAGUUUGGGUCUGUGAGAAUAAGUUAACCAGCUGUUUGUAUUGUUUCCAUUUAUUUCUUUUAAAAAUUGUACAGAUGAACGACCUUCAAGGAAUAAACUUUUUUCGUACAACUUUU